AUGGAUAAGACUAGACGUCCCGUUUGGUUCCUAUUCCCGGGUUUGGGCGGACAAUGGGUCGGAAUGGCUAAGGCUUUGAUGGCAAUCGAGUCGUUCGCCGAUAGGAUAGAGGAAUGCCAUGAAAUACUGAAGUCGUUUGGAAUUGAUUUAAAACAUCUCUUAUUAUCUGACGAUAAAAACUCAAUCACUGGAUAUCAAACCGCUGCCAUAUUAACCGGACUGAUGGCUGUCGUCGGCAUGUCGUGGACUGAAGCCAAGAAGAUAUGCCCGAAAAAUGUUAGCGUUGUCUGCAAUAACUCAAAGGACACGAUUGUCUUCUCAGGUCUUUAUAAAGAGAUGAAAGAAUUAAUUGAAUCGCUUAAGAAGAAGGGCCUAUUUGUGCGCGAACUCGACAGCCAUGACAUCCCAUAUCACAGCCAAUAUCUGCUGUCAUCGGCGAAGAAGAUGACGGAUGAGAUCAAAAAAUGUGUUCCCAAUCCGAAACUCCGGUCUAAGAAAUGGAUCUCAACAGCGAUUCUGGAGUCGGAAGUGAAGGAAGAGUUGAAAUACGCGUCGGCCGAGUAUUUUGUCCAUAACCUCAUUAGUCCCGUCUAUUUCUACAACAAAAUACAUCAAAUCCCCAGUAAUGCCAUUGUGGUAGAAGUGGGUCCGCACGCGCUCUUCGCCAAAAUAGUCACUCAAUCGUUGGAGUCGUCGACAUAUCUAUCGCUAAUCAAACGCGACUCAAACGAUACCAAUUUAGACAACUUUUUGGGUUCAAUCGCCAAACUAUACGAAUUGGGUUUAAACCCAGCCAUUGAGCGCCUGUACCCCUCUGUCGAGUGGCCGGUCGCCCGAAACACGCAGUCUAUCAGUUCACUCAUGACAUGGGAUCACGAGAAGAGUUAUUUCGUGCGAAAGUAUCCGGACUUUCACUUCAAAGGGACGGCUGCGGACAUGACUGAGACAAUAAACCUCUCGCGACAGUUCAAAGUCUUUCUGCCNCAGUCUAUCAGUUCACUCAUGACAUGGGAUCACGAGAAGAGUUAUUUCGUGCGAAAGUAUCCGGACUUUCACUUCAAAGGGACGGCUGCGGACAUGACUGAGACAAUAAACCUCUCGCGACAGUUCAAAGUCUUUCUGCCCGAUCACGCCAUCGAUGGUAACGUCCUCUUCCCGGCGACCGGCUAUUUGAUGCUCGCGUGGCGUCAUUUGGCCGCCAUUAAGGGUCGCGUCUGGAAUCAGAUUCCGGUUCUCUUCGAAGACAUUCAGUUCCGACGGCCAGUAUUUCUCUCCGAUUCGGACGCAACACGACUUAAAGUGAAAAUUUUUGAACAAACGGUGCUCAACCGGCCGCUAUCGAUUAGCGAAAAGGAGAUCUCACUAAACACUGCCGAUAUUUAUAAGGAUUUACGAGCCGUUGGUUAUGAUUACGGACCCAACUUCAGAGGUCUUAAGCACAUUAAGACAGACAACUUUGAUGUGAUCAAAGGGUGCGCCGAAUGGGACGGCAAUUGGAUCACAUUUAUGGACAGUUUGUUUCAGACAAUGGCUGUGGCCAUGCCUUUCAGGCGUCUAAUGGUUCCCGUUAUGGUUAAGCGCUUGAAAUGUGACCCCAAAGUGAUGUACGACGCGAUCGUACAAAACAAAGUGGUUGUCAAUGAAGAGAAAGUCUUCGAUGAGGAGAAGGCUAUCAACGAUGUGGUCAAUAGAGAGCCAGAAAGCGAUGAUUUGGAUAAAGACAUCGAGAAUAUCCUCGAAUUGGAUAACAAACAGUAUUUGGAAGGAGUUAUCGGAAGUCGUUUUCAUAUCUAUAAAUCGAUUCUUCCAUUCCAUGUGGACAUGAAGUCCCGAAUGAUUGUCACAAACGGCGAUUUCGUUAUAAUGGAAAACAACAACACGUGUUGUUUGGGUAAAAUUCGUUGUCCCGAAGAAGAGUUUCUAUGCGCUCAAGAGAUCGCUCACGAGUUGGCCGGCGAUAGCAUUACCGAAAAGGAGAUCUCACUAAACACUGCAGAUAUCUAUAAGGAUUUACGAGCCGUUGGUUAUGAUUACGGCCCCAAUUUCAGAGGUCUUAAGCACAUUAAGACAGACAACUUUGAUGUGAUCAAAGGUUGCGCCGAAUGGGACGGCAAUUGGGUCACAUUUAUGGACAGUUUAUUUCAGACAAUGGCUGUGGCCAUGCCUUUCAGGCGUUUAAUGGUUCCCGUUAUGGUUAAGCGCUUGAAAUGUGAUCCCAAAGUGAUGUACGACGCGAUCGUACAAAACAAAGUGGUUGUUAAUGAAGAGAAAGUCUUCGAUGAGGAGAAGGCUAUCAACGAUGUGGUCAAUAGAGAGCUAGAAAGCGAUGAUUUGGAUAAAGACAUUGAAAAUAUCCUCGAAUUGGAUAACAAACAGUAUUUGGAAGGAGUUAUCGGAAGUCGUUUUCAUAUCUAUAAAUCGAUUCUUCCAUUUCAUGUGGACAUGAAGUCCCGAAUGAUUGUCACAAACGGUAUAGAGAUUGAGGAUCUGAUGGCACUUCCCAUUCCUCGCAAAAACAAUGCCCAGGAUUUGAAACUAGAAUCGUAUCAAUUCAUACCUAAUGUCACCGAUAAUUGCAUGGAAGAAACGGACAGACAGUAUCUCUUUCAGUAUUUAAAGGUGUGUUCGAGUGUUGCCUCGAAAGCGAUGAAAAUUCUUGAAAUGGGCGGCUCUUUGACUAAAAACGGCGAAACACUUUUGUAUGAAAUGAUUGAAAAUCACUUGAAAGACAUCAAAAACGAUGAGAUAAUGCUUAAGACAUUUGACAAACUAUUAAAAUCAUUGGGCGAUGAAAAUCAAAAUUUUGAUAAGAAUUCAGUCUCUAAAUUGAUAACUGAUCUUCAAAUUAAACCAGAAUUUGAUAUGAGUUUAGAUGUGGUAAAUCAGGUCUCAAAGAACGAGCACUUGAUUCGCUCUCUUCUGGAUAUUGUCAGUGAGAAUAAUGUCCCCAAAAAAGAGAUUAAAGUCUCAAAGAACGAGCACUUGAUUCGCUCUCUUCUGGAUAUUGUCAGUGAGAAUAAUGUCCCCAAAAAAGAGAUUAAAGUAUUGGAAAUCAAUUUAACAAAUGGUCUGAUGGCCAGAGAAGUGGACAAUCAUUUGGCUUCGGCUGCUAUUUAUCCAAUUGAUGUCAACUAUACUAUUGCUCUCAAAUCUAUUGAUGGCAUUCACGACGACUACAAGAAUAAAACAUUUAAAUUGAUUGAAUGGAAUCAUAAAACCUCUUCAUUUCCUACAGACAUAUCACAAACAGAUCUCAUUGUAAUGAAUGACAGCCAGGAGUUGAUUGAUGUCGAACUCGACACCUAUUUGCAAGAGGUUUACGACAAUAUCGUUAGCAAAGGAUUUUUGUUAACUGUUUUUAGAUACAAAAACACAGAACCGGAGCUCAUGUUGAAGACGUUGAGCGGACACAAGAGUUCACAGAAUCACGACUUAGAGAAACGGAUUUCUGACUUUGUUGUGAGCGCCAGAAGACUUGGAUUCCAAGAGAUCGGCCAAAAAUGUGAUUCUAUUGGUUCACUGGCCGUACUGUUGAGGAAAGUGAACAUAAAACCAAUUAUUCCCUCAAAAGAUAUGAUAAUUGAGAUUAACUUAAAUUCGAUGCAAUGGUUUGACUGCCUUAAGGAGAAGAUGUGUAACAAUAAGUCCGGCGAUAAUAUAUGGCUCGUCGCCAAUGAUUCUGCCAAUAAUGGUAUCAUUGGUCUCAUUAAUUGUCUGCGUUUAGAGCCGGGAGGGGAGCGAAUCCGGUGUCUCUUUGACUGUAAUCUCAUUAAACUUACGGUUGAUUUUUCAACCAAACCGUUGUCCGAUAUAUUGACCAACGAUUUGGCGAUCAAUGUGUUGAGGAACGGAAAGGUAGGCACUUAUAGGCACUUGAAUUUAGCCAAAAACUACGACAAAGUCAAGACCGACGAGUAUUACCUAAAUGUCGGUCAAAGCCGAGAUAUUUCUAACCUUCAAUGGUAUGACUCGAAGAAUAUAAUCACCACAAAAGAGUUCUAUGACUUGUGUAAUGAACGCAAACAUAAGAUUAAGUGCAAUGUCUACAGCUCUGGCCUUAACUUUCGGGAUGUGAUGCUCGCAACCGGUCGACUUAUGUCGGGACCGGAGAGUCUGUUCACAGACUGUGUGCUGGGCUUUGAGUUCGCCGGCCGUCGGGCCGAUACGGGUGAACGAGUUUGCGGUUUCGAUAUGAGUCGGUGUUUCUCCACAUCCAUAGACGCGAACGAAGAUCUCAUUACAAAAAUACCAGACAAUUGGUCUAUGGAUGACGUGAUCACUAUUUUGAGCACAUAUAGCACCGUAUGGUAUGGUUUACUAGAAAGGGCACAACUCUCCAAAUAUGAGAGUAUACUAAUCCAUUCAGCGGCCGGUGGUGUGGGACAGGCGGCCAUUAAAGUGUGUCAGAACUAUGACUGCGAUAUCUUUGUGACGGUCGGCACUGAAGACAAGAAACAGUUUUUGAUGAAUGAAUACAAUAUUCCGGAGAACAAAAUAUUCAGCUCAAGAGAUAUUCAGUUUAAAUAUAAAAUUAAGUCAUUAACGGAUGGAAAGGGAGUUAAUAUUGUCCUCAACUCUCUGACCGGCGAUAAAUUGGACGCCAGUUAUGAAUGCGUUGCCGAUUGCGGCCGCUUUGUGGAGAUCGGCAAAUAUGACCUCCAAAUGAACAAACAGUUGGGAAUGUUUUCAUUCCUCAGAGAUAUUUCUUUCAUCGGCGUAUCAGUCGAUAGGAAACUAUAUCUCACAAAAGGAUUCUCCAAAAAGUUCUUCGAUUGGAUGCACGAGAACUGUGACAACGGAAUGAUUAAACCAAUUAAUAGAACCGUCUUUAAGGCCUCGGAGGCCGAGAAGGCGUUCAGAUAUAUGACAACCGGUAAACACAUGGGAAAGAUUGUCAUCAAUAUUAGAGACGAAGAAAGUGAGAGAAAAUGUGUGAACAAAAUGAAUGCCGCGAUUGAAAUGAUGGUCACAACCAAAACAUAUUUCAAUCCCAACAAAGUCUAUAUCAUAACUGGAGGUUUGGGUGGCUUUGGGCUCGAGUUAGUGCAUUGGAUGCUUUUCUUAGGCGCCCGAAAAUUCGUGCUAACCUCAAGAUAUGGCGCCAAAAGUGAUUACCAGAAGUACGCGUUGAGUCGAAUCCAGUCCUUAAGCCGUAAAUUCAAAAUGUUUGCCACAAAUAUAGUCGUCUCGACUCAAGACUCGAGUACAACGAAUGGCACGAAAUUACUGCUAAAUGAGGCUGAGAUGUUUGGCCCCAUCGGCGGUGUUUUUCAUUUGGCUCUCGUUCUCAAUGACACACUUCUGGAGAAGCAAACCAGCGAUCAGUUCUCUCAGACCAUCGACUCGAAGGCCAAGAUAUUCGCUAAUUUGGAUCAAAUCACUCGAGAAUUGGCCAUAGAUUUAGACUAUUUUGUGGUCUUUUCAUCUGUAAGUUGUGGUAAAGGAAACGCCGGGCAAUCAAACUAUGGUUUCGCGAACUCUGUAUGCGAACGCAUCUGUGAAUCGAGACGAAGAGUUGGUUUACACGGUUUGGCCAUUCAAUGGGGACCUAUCGGUGACGUCGGAGUUAUAGCUGAUUCUGAAAUGAGUUCUUUGUCCGGAAUAGUGAAGCAACGAAUCAAUUCAUGUCUCGAUGUUUUGGAUAAAUUGCUACAAACGACACAUUCUGUGGUCUCAUGUGUUGUUAGAGCAAAGAGAGUGACACAAGAGGGGUCUCGUGAGGCAAAAAUUGUGGGACAGGUUUGGCAGGCGUUAGGUAUUGACCCGAAGACAACACCCGAUCACUUGACUCUCGGAGAGAUAGGAAUGGAGUCUAUGUUUGCGGUGGAGUUACAGCAGGGGUUGGAGAGGGAGUACGACAUUAAGCUGACGAUGAAUGACAUCAAAUCAGUGACCGUUAAACACAUUAAGGACUUCGAGUCGGGAAAAGUGGAGGAAUUCAAGAAAUUCACUGAAGAAAUACGUAUAGCUCGGGAGAAGUUGAGCAAAAUUAAGUUCAUUAUACCCUCCGAUUCCUAUACACCGCUCAAUAACGUGAAGACCGGAAAUCCGGUUUACUUUUUGCCGCCACUCGAAGGCAUCUUCGCGUCGAUGGAAGUGUUGGCCGAACAACUGAAUCGACCCGUCAUUGGACUCAAUUGGACGCGGAAUACAGAGAAAAUGGGUUCAAUCAAAGAGAUCAGCCGUUACUACACGGAUCUGAUGCAAACACUUCACCCGUCGGGCAACUAUGACAUUGUGGGUCACUUUUACGGCGCUCUCAUUGUGUCAAAGAUGCUGAAGAAGGCGCCCAUACGUCGAGCGGUGAUCAUUGACGUGAUGUCCGACACGAAUCUGGACGAAGAGAUGACGAACGACGAGUGUAUCGUCGAAAUGAUCACUAAAUUCAUCUGCAAAGACCUGCCGACCGCUAUCAACGAUAAGCUGAUGCGCGAAAUUAAACUCAAACACGACGUGACGGCGAAACUCAAUAAAUUGAGUUCAGAAGUGAAGGAGUUUGUGGGCAAAGGGUUUGUCUCCCGAGACUUGGACGACAUCCUCACCAAUUCGUUCAGAAGAGCCAAACUCUUCAGCGCUUAUCGACUUAAUAUGAAGAAUAAAGUGAAACAAAUGAAACUCAAUGUCGGCAAACGGUAUCUGGAAAUGAGUGGCAAACUCUUGAUUAUUAAGCCGAUGACAGACGACAAUAAUAACGACAAUAAAAGCGCCCAUAUGUCCGAUCGGAUCCGCGACUCGUACUUCUUGCCCGAAAAGGGAUUAGAAGGAAAAUUAAACUUCGAGACCAUUAAUACCAAUUCGGAUCACUUUUCAAAUGUCAUCUUUAAUCAAAUCGCCGUCUCUUUAAACACAUUUUUAUCACAAUAAUUAAUUUGUUUCUUUUGUUAAUUAUUUUUUGACUG